CAACCCAGUAUAAUCUCUCCGUUGUAUGCCAGUGAACGAACAUAUGGCUUUUACAACAUUGAACAUUUUGUUUCUUGUGCAGUGGUCCAUCCCGAAAAUGUCUGCCCUUUCGGUGUACCCGGAGGAAGCCCUGCCCUGCCUGAACCGCUUCACAAACCCGGUCAACAUGAGCCACUGCAAAAUCACAAGUCUCGAUCCGCGCCACUUUCCGGCCCAUCUGCCGAUAACAACCCUGAACAUGAGCCACAACGCCAAGUUUGACUUUCCCGCCGAUGGAUCGCCCUUUCUCGUGCAGGACCAUCUGCUGAACUAUCACUGUGAGCACUGUGGCAUUACGGUGAUUUAUACGAAAACGUUCGCCGAGUUGCGCCGGUUGAAGACGCUGAAUUUGGCGUCGAAUCAGCUGAAAACGGUUCCAUGUGAUGCGUUCAACCGGAAUCAGUUGCACUAUUUGAUGGUUGGUGGGAAUGAGAUAAGGCAGAUUAAUGACGAGAUGAAGUUGGAGACGAUGCAGCAUCUGGUGAUGUUGGCUGCCAGUGGAAAUGUGGACUUUCAGCUGAAUGAGUUGAGUUUGGACUUUGCGAAUCUUGAGUGGAUUCAGUGCAAACGGUGUGGUUUAACGAUGUUGGCUGAGCAGUGGUUUAGACGGGUAAAACGUCUUAAGAAGUUGGAUUUAGAGGGUAACAGGAUAACUAUGAUGUCCAGAGAAGUAUUCAGUCAGAAUCGAAGAUUAGUUUAUGUGAACCUUGAUAGGAAUCCUUUAGAGUGGCUGGAGAUUGCCAGUGAUAGCUUGGAAGUUUUGAGUUGUACUGGAUGUAAUUUGGUGCAGUUGAACUCAAACUGUUUUAACGCUCUCCCAAAACUGCAAGCACUAGAUCUUCGAAGUAACAAAAUUUCUAGUAUUGAUACGACAACAUUCGCUAACAACAGAAAUCUUUGGAGAUUGAAUCUAGAUGAUAACAAUCUAACUGCUUUUCCAGACAUUAAUCUUACAUCGAACACAGUUAAAAUUAUGUGUAUUGAUGAUAAUCCGUUACAGCCGAGUCAAGAGCUUCUCAAAAUGAAACAAUUUUACAAAGUGUUCAAUCUAAGAGGGGAAUGUUCUGCAGGAGGCAAUCCCUUGAACCAAUUUGAACACAUCAUCCCGGACCAUUCUUUGAAUGGUAUCUCUCUCAACAAGAAGAAUCUUCCUCCAUGUAACGAAACAGUUGAUAUCUCCAACCGUAACGUGGCGUUCGUAUAUCCUGCAGUUUAUGAAAAUUGUUCAUCACUAACCCAGCUAAACAUGAACAACAACUCGAACUAUUCAUUACCUCAUCAUCGACCAUUUUUGUACAGCAAAACAUUACAAACUUAUUCCUGCAUCCGGUGUGGAAUCCACGUUCUCUAUGAACACACUUUCUCGAAACUUCCGGCGCUAAGAACGAUUGAUCUCUCAAAAAACCACAUCACCAAGAUCGCUUCAUUUGAUCUAUUCUCAUCGAAUCCCAAACUCCAACAUCUAUCCAUCGAGUACAACCGGCUGACCAACCUAACCGUUCAGCUCCUGUCCUCCCACACCAAACUUAUCACCCUGAAUCUCAGCCACAACCCAUCGCUUGGACUCGAUCCACAACUCCCCAUUCUCGAACAAUCUUCAGCGGCUAAAUUUGAUGCUUCGCACUGCGGAAUCACCGAAAUUUCAACGCAAAGCUUCCGUCUGAUGACGGCCCUGGAAGAGUUGGACAUUUCCCACAACCCAAUCGUCGAGAUUCAUCCGAGAGCUUUCGAACAGAACAUCAAGUUGAGAAUUCUUGAUCUUUCCAACACUCAUCUAAGAAUGCUCGAUCCGGCAACCUUUGAAGGAAUGGCUGAACUUCAGCGAGUUCAUUUGCAAGGGUUGAGUCGCUAUAACUUGGAAUAUGAUGAGUUUAUGGAGAAUAGCAAAGCUUUGUGGCAGUUGUUAACUAGUAGAAAGCUGUACGGCCGAGAGGGAGAACAAUUUAUUGCACAACUGGCUGCUAGUUUUGAAGAUCAGAGAGAUACAGAACAGUUGGAUAUACUAAAUCAGGUGGAAGAGUUUGUAACAUCAAGGUCAAAUGAUCAAUAUCAGAAAAGAGUAGACAUUUUGUUGACUUUAUCAGGAUUGGUCACGAUUUGUUCUUAUUUGAGCCUACUUUAAAGUGUUUGAAUCAUUUUCAAAUUG